AUGGUCCUAUCUCGGGCACCACUGUCUUCGAGUGGGAUACCUCUUUGCGGGUGCUACAUCAUCGUCGACAGCGCCAGAAAACAUCUCCCCCAACUCAAAGUCAACGUUCACACGACCAUUUUCGACACCACUACUCGAACGACUCUCACCCAGACCUUCGUUAACCCCUCUAAAGACGAUGGACUCGACGAGGUGAACUACGUAUUUCCCCUCUAUGAUGGAGUCUCGAUUGUCGGCUUCAAAUGUACAAUCGCCGACCGCAUCAUCAACGGCGUCGUCAAAGAGCGUCGGAAUGCCAAAACCCUUUACGCUGAAGCCAAAGCCCGUGGUGAAACAGCCGCUCUACUAGAGCAGUUCCACCAUGCUUCCGAUAUUUUUAGUACGACUAUCGGAAAUGUGCCAGCCGGCCAAACGGUCCACGUGGAAAUCACAUUCCUUGGAGAGCUCAAGCAUGACGCAGAGAUCAAUGGCGUACGUUUUACUAUCCCGACCCACGUUGCUCCGCGAUACGGCGACGCAGCCAGCCUGCAAGGAAGCAGCCUUAUGGUCGAAGAGGGGAUCUCAAUCACUAUCGAUGCAGAGAUGCCCGAUUGUUCAUCCAUCAAGUCUAUCAAUUCACCGUCUCAUCCCAUCUCCGUGAGCAUCGGAACCACUUCUCAAGCUCCCGCUGCAGAAUCUUCUCUAAGCAAAGCCUCCGUGACCCUAUCUCAGGGGUCUGCCAGCCUGGACCAGGACUUCAUCAUUCAUGUGGUAACCACCAAGAUUGAUGAACCGGUUGCAUUUCUGGAGACUCAUCCUACGAUUCCCAACCACCGCGCGAUAAUUGCUACUUUUGUAUCGAAAUUCAACCUUCCGGCUGAAAAGCCUGAAAUUGUAUUUUUAUGUGAUCGAAGUGGAAGUAUGAAAGGCAAGUUGAAUGAUCUAAUUCGUGCUCUUAUUAUCUUCCUCAAGUCUCUGCCUAUCGGAGUCAAGUUCAACAUAUGCAGCUUUGGAUCUAGGUUCAGCUUUCUUUGGCCUGAGUCUAAGACUUACAACCAAGAAACCCUGGAUGAGGCCGUCUCUUAUGUGCAAUCCUUUGAUGCCAAGUACGGCGGGACUCGGAUGUAUGGUCCUAUGGAAGCGAUAUUCCAGCAGCGAUCUAAGGAUAUGAACCUCGAAGUCUUCCUUAUCACUGACGGCAAGAUAUCAUCACAGCAAGAACUUUUCACGCUUAUCAACAAAGAAGUUGCGAGGAGCAAAAACGCAGUUCGUGUUUUUACUUUGGGGGUCGGAUCUGGUGCCAGCAGUGCCUUGAUCGAAGGAGUUGCCCGCGCUGGCAAUGGCUUCGCGCAGAUGGUGACAAACUCGGAACAGAUGGAUAAGAAAGUGGUUCGUAUGCUUAAAGGUGCUCUGCUUCCACACAUAAGCGACUACAGCCUCGAAAUCAACUACGAAAAGGCCGACUCCCAGGACACUAAUGGCGAAGAUUCCGAGUUUGAGUUCGUUGAGAGGGUGAUGGACUCUCUUAGCAUCAGAACUUUCGAAGAACAUGUUCAGAAUGAGACAAAACCCAAUCCCGAAAAACCGUUGUCUCUGUUUGAUCCGAACUUCGACGACAAAGGCGACGACAUCAAGCCGACUGAUGAUAUCAACACCGAGCAUACUCCUCUCUCGAAAAUCUCUGUUCCUCGGUACCUUCAAACGCCCUCUGAUAUCCCGCCUAUGUAUCCUUUUAUUAGAACCACCAUUUACGUCUUGCUUUCAGACUGUGGUUCAGAAAUGACGCCCAAAUCGGUUGUACUCAAGGGCACCUAUAAGAAUGGGCCGCUGAGACAGGAGAUUCCUAUUACCAAUCUCCCCCAAAAGUCAACCACGAUCCACCAACUCGCCGUCCGUAAAGAGAUCAAGGAACUUGAAGAGGGUCGCGGCUGGGUCACCAAUGCAAAAGAUGCCAGCGGAAAGCUCCUGAAAGAUGAGUAUGAGGAGAUCUUCUCCGACAUAGUCCAGCGCGAGGCCGUCAGGCUUGGUGUCAAAUUUCAAGUCAGUGGCAAAUGGUGCUCAUUUGUUGCUGUUGAGAAGUCAUCGAAUGAACUUGACGAUCCGGUUGACCGGCUUGCCUUUGUUUCCAAUUCCGAUGAUAUAAGGGACCUAGCAGGCUCUUCCAGACCAAAAAGCUCUGAUCCUGGCUUUGCCAUGGGUGCGUUCGGCGCCACUGGUGGACGAGUUUUCCCUCCUGGUUCUACUUCGGCAGAGCGCUUUUCGAUGAGUGUUGUUUCCACUAGUCAACGUUUCGCUCAACCCAUGGCUUCCUUCAGUCGACCUGGUGGUGAUUUCUCCCACGCCGCCUCCAUGGCCAGACCUCCCAGGUCUCUUCGCCCGUCCAGCCGCUCUACUCGCCGUGGCCGAGGCAAUGACGACAGAGUCAUGCCUCUGACUGCAGGCUUGGAGAUUAAGCCGCUAGAUAUUACGGACAACGGCUGGAAACCACACAGCGUACCAGCCGCCACUAUGAAGCCUUCUCAUGCUGUCCCGACGCCUGCUAUCCCCAAAGCUACCACGUUGGACACGGCCCCCGAUGUUUCCCAACAACUUCAGAAUGUUGUUGCCCUUCAGAGGUUUGCCGGGAAUUGGGUCUGGAAUGCUAAGCUCGAGAUGAUCUUGGGGGUCACAUCCGAUGUCGCCCUGAAGCUGAGUCUUCCUGAGGCUGUGUUGAAUAGUGCGAGGAAGGAUGAUAUCUUAGCUACUGUUUGUGCAGUAGUCUUCAUCAAGACCAAACUGGACGUAGAAAAGGAGGCUUGGGAAAUUCUUGUGCAGAAGGCGACGGAUUGGCUGGAAGAGCAAAUCGGCAGAGAUGUGGAGGAGUUGGAAAAGGUCAUUAGGAGCGUUGCGUGAAGGAAUUGGAAGUUAUGCAGUUCACUUUUUUCUCUCUAGAAAUCAAUUUUAUUCUCUCAUAUAUAUCUACCCAUCUGAGAUAGCAAUUAUCCAUGGC